AUGCUUAAGUUCGCGCUUCUGCUUGGCAUCUUCUCAUACUAUACAGCAUGGCUGUUGUUGCCGAUCUUCGACCUUGACGGGAAGCUCUGGCUUUUCCCAUUACCUUCCCUCUACGCGGUCCUGCUCCCCAUAGUACUGCUACUCUGUGGCGCUUUCAUAGUCGGCUCAUCGCUAGGUGCACUGCUGCUGACAAGCAAACGCAACGUGGACUACGUUCAUUAUAAAUAA